GGCGCUUGUACUCCGAUUCAUGCAAAUGACAGAGGUAGAAACGCGGACGAGGCUACCUCGUCCCAGUGGUAAAUUCACACAUAUUGUUGUUAUUUUGUCUCCGGAACGACUUGGAAUGGCAGCGAGCACAGAAGCCCCGAUCCUUGGUACCUUGCCCUGUUGGGCUUUGCGGAGCAUUUCCGCACGUCGAGUCCUCCAAAGAUCCGUCUCUGCGUCCACUGUCUGCAGGCAGUGUUCAGUUCAAGCCGCCCCGAGGGUCGAGGCCCGGACUCAUCUCCAGCUGGGCUCGGUGCUGUACCGCCACACAAAGAACAGCGAGCUGGCCCAGAGUCACCUGGAGAAAGCGUGGUUCAUAUCGCAGCAGAUCUCCCAGUUUGAAGAUGUCAAGUUUGAAGCAGCAAGUAUUCUGUCGGAGUUUUACUGUCAACAGAACUUGGUCGACUCUGCGAAACCAGUGCUGCGGAAGGCCAUCCAGAUUUCUCAGCAAACUCCCUACUGGCACUGCAGGCUGCUCUUUCAGCUGGCUCAACUGCAUGCACUAGAAAAAGAUUUGGUGUCUGCCUGUGACCUAUUGGGAGUGGGAGCAGAGUACGCAAGGGUCAUGGGAUCAGAAUACACGAGAGCCCUCUUCUUAUUAAGCAAAGGAAUGCUGCUGCUGAUGGAAAGGAAGCUGAGCGAGGUGCACCCGCUGCUGACGCUAUGUGGGACCAUUGUGGAGAACUGGCAGGGAAACCCCAUUCAGAAGGAGUCGCUGAGAGUUUUCUUCCUGGUGCUGCAGGUUACACACUACCUGGAUGCUGGACAGGUAAAGAGCGUGAAGCCAUGUCUGAAGCAGCUGCAGCAGUGCAUCCAGACCAUCUCCACUCUCCACGAUGACGAGAUCCUUCCCACUAAUCCAGCGGCUCUUUUCCACUGGCUCCCCAAGGAGCACAUGUGUGUGCUCGUGUACCUGGUGACGGUGAUGCACUCCAUGCAGGCGGGUUACUUGGAGAAAGCACAGAAGUACACGGACAAGGCUCUCAUGCAGCUGGAGAAGCUGAAGAUGCUGGACAGCAGUCCCAUCCUGUCCACGUUUCAAGUCAUCUUGCUGGAGCAUAUCAUCAUGUGCCGUCUGGUUACUGGACACAAGGCCACAGCCUUACAAGAAAUUUCUCAGGUUUGCCAGCUUUGCCAGCAGUCGCCCAGGUUGUUUACAAACCACGCUGCCCAGCUUCAUACACUUCUGGGCCUGUACUGUAUCUCAGUGAACUGCAUGGAUAACGCUGAGGCACAGUUCACUGCAGCUCUGCAGAUGACAACACACCAGGAACUGUGGACAUUCAUUGUCACAAACCUGGCCAGCGUCUACAUCCGGGAAGGGAACAGACAUCAGGAGCUGUAUAGCCUUUUAGAGAGGAUUAACCCUGAUCACAACUUUCCUGUCAGCUCUCAUUGCCUACGAGCUGCAGCAUUUUACAUCAGAGGACUCUUGUCUUUCUUCCAAGGACGUUACAACGAGGCCAAGAGAUUUCUAAGGGAGACUCUGAAGAUGUCUAAUGCAGAGGAUCUAAACAGGCUGACUGCCUGCUCGCUAGUCCUCCUGGGCCACAUCUUCUUUGUUCUGGGUAACCACAGAGAAAGCAACAACAUGGUGGUUCCUGCCAUGCAGCUGGCAAGCAAGAUCCCAGACAUGUCUGUGCAGCUCUGGUCCUCGGCUCUUCUCAAAGAUCUGAACAAGGCUUGUGGAAACACCAUGGACGCCCACGAGGCCACACAGAUGCAUCAGAACUUCUCCCAGCAGCUCCUGCAGGACCACAUCGCAGCCUGCAGCCUCCCUGAACACAACCUCAUCAGUUGGACAGACGGCCUCCCUCCUGUGCAGUUUCAGCCUCAGAAUGGACCUACAACCAGCCUGGGCAGCCUUCUCUGAGAACUCGAUGCCACAGUGACGGAGAAAAUGAAAGACGGAGCAGCUGCUGCAGGGAAAAUGGCUAAAGAAACCUGGGGUGGCUGAAAGGCGAAGUAGCUGAUGAAAGGGUAAAAAAAAAAAGGAGGAGUAAUGAAUUUAGAAAAAAAAUGAGGCACACUACACUGUGUCAUUUGGCAAACUUCCAUUUGGUGCUUUCCUUCACCUAUUUGGGGCACUGGGGCAUCACAGCUAGGUUUGACUGGGUUAAAGUGCCCCUGUUGUGCUUCUUUAUAGGCUCAUAUUCACUAAAACCAUCUUUCACAUGUUCAUACAAAAUAUUUUUUACACUGCGCGUUGCCGCUGCGCCACUUUUCACCCACUGUCUGAAACACUCAGUUUUAAAACCCCUUCCCCGAGAGCUGUCGACCACAUUAGAGGGACUUUUUCUUCUUCGUACCUUCUCUCUGAAAGUUGGCCUGAAACCACAACACUGAAGUUCCUGUAGCCAACGUGACUGGUGAAUUUUGUUGAACGACUUUGCAAUUAUACAAUUAGGAUUUUAGCAGUAGAGAGCAAUGGGUUGAAAUAUAGUUUCAAAGUGAUGGCGAGUAUGCAUUAGUCUUGGAUUUGUGUCUAUUGCAUGCUCAAUCUUUGGACACCAGAAACUGAAAAUAUGUAAAUGAGGGUUUUUCGGAGGGGGGGGGGGAUCCGGUGUAAUAGAAUACAGUACAUGUGAGCAACAAAAGCAGGCGAGAUCGAGCAGAUGGUACUGUUGGCCACGUUAGCCACAUAUUACACUGACACUAAAUAUAUAGAGAUUUUCCUGAUGUUGUCGGGACAUUGCUAUCACUAUGAAAAUAAUUCGCUGGGUCUUCAGUUACUUACUUGCCUGGAGUGCAUGAAGACCCACUGAUACAUUUUGAAGUUAAAGUUAGCAGAAGUGGAUGGAGAAUAAAAUUAGCUCUUUGAUCUUUGAGGGUGUGUCGCACUAGCUACUGGAUGUGUGCACUGUGUUACAUAGUGAGGUAGAUAGUAGCUCCAAAAAAAAAGAGGACUACAAACGGGGCGUUUCAGGCAGUUCUGUGGAAGAGAACGACUGUGGUUUGACACUGACAUUGAUCUUUGUAACUUUGCGAGACUUUUAAUGCCAUUAAAACGUAAAACAGUCACUUUUAAGGUAUUUGGAAAGCAUUAGGUUUUUUUAAUACCUCAAAAAAAUAACAAAAAUUGUGAGGCAAAGUUUGAUAUAUAAGGAAGAGUCUGACGUUUUGAGAAAUAAACUUAUUGGUGUCGCUGCAACUUUCAGCUAACAUAGCCUAGUAUGAAGUGUGUGUGCGUGCGCGCGGCUUUCUCUAAACAGCAGACUGAACACACCUGUAAACUGCCCACCAACAGUUUUGUUGAGCCUUUCUUUUUGAAUUCGACUGCUGUGUCCCAACAGCACGUGAAUUAUGAAUAUGACAGUUUGAGCUCAUCUCGUAACAUUUCUUUCGAACCACACGUGUUUUUAGAUGAACUUAAAUAAAAGUUUUAAGAUUUAUUCAUUUUAAAAUUGGCCCAAAACAGAUGGAGUAACUGGAUUUAAUAUGUUGUUGUGCAUGAACUCAACAUCUGUCUCUUUAAAGCACAGGCUGGCAGGUUUUGAUAGAAUAUUAGUUAGGAUGUAUCUGGAUACACAUUACAUCUAACUAUGUGCAAUGAUGUUAAUGAUAUGUUUGAUAUGAUUUACUCACUGAAAAUUUAUCAAAUGUGAAUAUUCACAUUUUAAAGUCGUAUGAAACAGCCGAACCAGCCGAGCAUUUUAUAAACAUCAGAACUUAUUCAGCAUCCAGUUGUAUUAAAAAAAAAAAA